CAACACUGCUAUGAUGUAUUCAGGCAGAGUGAAGACAGCCCCUGUCUUAGAGCUGGGUGUGUUGAUGUCAGCAUUGAGGGAGGCUGGCUGCUUGCGGGGACUUCCACAGUGACAGCUGAUGAUGAUGACCGAGGAGAGUAUUACUGAAGCUAGGUUAGACGAGAAACACAACACACGCAAAGAAGAGAAACGCCGAGGGAGUGCACGCUGCACCGAGAAUGCGUUAUUCUUCAUAGAAUUUAGCAUUCAAGAAGGAGUGUCAAGCGGACCGGCAAAUAUACAGACUGGGACAGUGCUAACAGUGUGUGAGUGUGGCAAAAAAUAAAUACAACGGGAUCUAAAAAAUUAGGACGAGACCAUUCAGCAGCCACGAAGACGCAAGAAACCUGCACAGGCAGGAAACGGGCAGCCACAGUUAUAGAGUUACAUUGUAACAAACGGCGACAACCGGUCGAAGAAACAGUUGAGAAAGCAAGGACAGUACACAAAAGUUGAAGUCCUCUAUUAACCAGCGAUUCCCUCAAACAGAGGAGCGUCUGUUCCUAGUGUUGGAGAAACAUGCACUCAGUCUCUGAUGAGUGAUGGAGUCGGGCACCGUGGUGCGCGCUCUGUUCCAGUUCCGCCCCAGCGUCUCAGAGGAGCUGCCGCUCUUCCCCGGUGAUGUCAUCGAAGUGCUCGGAGUGGUGGAUGAUUUCUGGCUGCUUGGAAGCAAAUGUGGAGUCUCAGGGCAGUUUCCCAGCACAUUCGUGGAGGCCGUUACCAUUCCCAGCACAAAACAGGACGAGAAACUCUACGUCUGCAUCAAUGACUUCAAUGCACUAGAUGUUGGCAAACUUCCCAUUAAAACAGGUGACGUAGUAGUUGUUGAGUGUUCUGUGGACAGUAAUUGGCUGAAAGGCAGAAGCAGCUGGGGGUCCAAGGGGAUAUUCCCUUUAUCCUGCGUUAAAGAGCUCCAUCUCUCCUCCAGCUCCCGCAAAAUGUCCAAGAGGUCUGUAUCGGAGGUCCCGAGCUACGCCUUGGGCCAAGCCAGAGCCUUGCUGGGCCUGUCCGCUCAGUUAGAGGAAGAACUGGACUUUAUUGAAGGGGAUAUCAUAACAAUAAUCCGAAUUCCUGAACCAGGCUGGUUCGAGGGAGAGCUUGAAGGGAGGAGAGGGAUAUUUCCAGAGGGAUUCGUGGAGCUUUUGGGUCCUUUGCAAGUUGCGGAGGACCGAGCAUGCCAAGACGACUAUGACAACUACGGCGAAAGCGAUGUGACCGCUGAAAUAUCACUGGGCUCGGAGGAAGGCGCAGGAGUUUACGGAGUGGCCCUCUAUCAGUUUAAGUCCAUGGAACCAGAGGAAUUGGAUUUUGAUGUAGGAGAAAGAAUCCAGAUACUCGGUACUUUAGAAGACGGCUGGUUGGAAGGCAAGGUCAAUGGUCGUAGAGGAAUAUUUCCCCAUAGGUUUGUAAAGAUUGAAGAUCAAGAUAUAGAGCUGGAACACGAAGAACCCAGCAGCAGAAACAAUGGUGAUUAUGAAAUGUAUUAUAACAAUAAUGAUGUGUAUCACUGGCGCGGGCAGGAAGAGCAUGCCCAUUUACGAGAUGUGGAUUUCUUCAAUGGACAGCCUGCCCGUGAUACUAGUACUGUCAUGGCAAAACCAAAACCUGUAUCCUCUAGCACAAAGCCGGGUCAUGAAUUUCGUAGAAACCAGACACAAAGCAGUUCUAAGAUUAGUGGUAUAAAUAAAGGCACCAAAUACAGUAGAGAAGAAACUGCCACUGACAGUUACAAAGGAAACUCAAGAACAAGUCCUAGCAGUCUUGUCUCUUCAAAACCUGUGCUUCCUCCCAGGCCAAGUCUCCAUUCUUUAAGUAACAGGUUGUACUGCAGUGUAUCAGAUGUCUCAACAGGCCACACAGCUGACAAUACAGACACAGAGGUCCCACCUGCACCAGCUACCAGAACACUAAGCUUAGCAGCAAAGAAUGGGAGCAGAGAUUCAAAGGCUCAGAUUCAAAGUUUGCAUUGCAGUUGGUCUAAAGACUGCGAACGCCCCUCAAAUGGAAAGAAUACAGUUUUCCAAGAUUUGGACAGUUUGGUUGAGGACCCAAAACAGAAGAAGAAACCCUGUUUCGUCAGUGUGGGUGAUCAUGAUCCGUUACAUGGCAGAGGAAACCAUGAUCCGACAGCAGGUUCAAGAAAAACAGAAUUCAGCGGCUUACCCGGAUCGAUAACUUUGGAUAGCUUUCCAAGUUCAGGGGCAGACUUGGAUUCAAAACUCUCAGAACAGCUUGCCCAAUUUGAAAAAAGUUUACCAGGUGCUAUAUUUGGGGAACACAAGAAAAUAUCCAGGCAUUUCUCCAUCCUGGACUACAGCAGUGAAAAUGAUAUCAUGCGGGGUUCUCCUAACUCCCUGGACCAGCAGGAAGCCACUUCUUCAUUGGAGAGAAGAAAAGCAUUGAGACCUCCACCUCCCAGACCCCGCUUUCUCAAAUCUGCGGCGGCACAAGCAGCUGCAGCCGACUCCGAGGAUGAGCCGCAUGCUCCUGCUGAAAGUGGAUCUUCUCAGUCUUCAUUCUCCUUCAAACCGUCCAGGCCAGCACCUCUGCCUCCCCAGCUAACUCCCAGGAGGGAUGCUGGAUCUCCAAAGCCACCACAGCAAACAGACGUUUACCAGAACACGUGUUCUGACGACAGAGACGUUGUUGCAGAGGAAGAAGAGCUUCAGAAUCAAAGCGAGUGUGGCCUCAUGGAGACUGAGCAGGAUCACUACUCACUGCUCCUCAGGCUGCAGGAGGUGGAGAGAGACAUUGAGAUCUACACUAAGACCACAGAUGAGCUCAGACUGAUGCUUGAUGAACAGGAUGAUGAAGCCAUCAAAGCACAAACUCUGGAGAACCUGGGGUUUUGUACCUCUAACAUUGAAACACUUACCAAGGAGCUGCAGCAGCUGAGAGAGAUGACUCUGCUCACAGCAGACCCCGCCUCCCUGGAGUCGAUGCCUAUUACAGCCCCCAGCGCCGAUCCCGAGCAGAGGAUGAUGGAAAAGAGGUCCAAGGUGAUUGAAGAACUCCUGCAGACAGAGAAGGAUUACAUCAAAGACAUGCAGAUGUGUGUCCAAGAAAUAAUCCAUCCACUGCAAAGAAAGCAGGUGCAGAAUAUUGACUUCGAUGGUCUUUUUGGCAAUGUUCAGAUGGUGAUUGAUCUCUCAACACGCUUGCUUAAAGAUCUGCAGGACACAGAGUCAAUAGGAAGUGUAUUUGUGGAAUAUAAGACAGAGCUGGAAGAGGUGUAUAAAAUCUACUGUCAGAAUCACGAUGAUGCUAUUGCUCUGCUGGAGGCAUAUGAGAAAGAUGAGAGUAUCCAGACUCACAUUCUAGAAUGUCUGGAGAAGCUCAGGGCAGUGUAUCGCGAGUGGGGUAAGACCAACUACAUCAACCUGGGUUCGUUCGUGAUCAAGCCGGUGCAGAGGGUGAUGCGCUACCCGCUGCUGCUGGUGGAGCUUCUGAACACCACGCCAGAGUCGCACCCGGACAAGAGGCUCCUCGCCCAGGCCGUGGACUGCGUCAAGGAGAUGAACGUCAACAUCAACGAGUACAAGCGCAGGAAAGACCUGGUUGUGAAGUACAGAAAAGGGGAGGAGGCGACUCUGAUCGAUAAGAUCUCUAAGCUCAGCAUGCACUCCAUUGUGAAGAAGACCAACCGAGUCAGCAGCCACCUCAAGCACCUGACAGGCUUUUCACCACAGAUCAAAGAUGAGGUAUUUGAUGAGGUGGACAAGAGAUUCCGGAUGCAAGAGAGAUUGAUCAAGUCCUUUAUCAGAGAUCUCUCUCUAUAUCUGCAGCACAUCAGGGAGUCUGCGUCCGUGAAUGUUUUGUCUGCUAUAAGUUUCUCUGACAUUUACUCGGACAGGACCCAGACAGAUCUGGAAAGUUUCCAAAAGGCACACAGGUGUAUCAGUGACCAACGUUUCACUGGUUUUAAAGAAAGGACUGAGAGCCUGGUCAUCGCCCCCCUGAAUCAGCUGCUGACCAUGUUCGCCGGCCCUCACAAGCUGAUUCAGAAGCGCUUUGAUAAGCUGCUGGAUUACAACAACUGCAAGGAGAGGGCGGAGAAGAUGAAGGACAAGAAGACUGUGGAGGAGCUCCAGUCCACGCGGAACAACUACGAAGCCUUGACCGCUCAGCUCCUGGAUGAGCUGCCCAAGUUCCACAGCGGCGCCCAGGAGCUCUUCACCAGCUGUGUGCACAGCUUCGCAGGGGCACACAAGGAGUUUGUCUGGGUAACCCUGGAGGAACUCAAACCGCUCCUGCAGCUCUCCGGGGUGAUUAGCACAGACGGGAACAUCAUUUCUCUUUUCCAAGAGCAGCACAGCCGGGUCCUCCAGCAGUUACAGUGCUUCAGCUUUUUCCCAGAGAGCCUUCCCACAGUGAGGAAAGCCUUUGAGAGGAAGAGCUUGGAGCCGCAGUCCUCCAGGAAACAGCUCGCGGGGCCGCCUAACUAUGUGCUGCAGACAGAGGAGCACCGUGCAGCACUGCUGUCCAGGUACCCCCCGGAGCAGCUGUGCCAGGCUGAGCGGAACUUCAACGCGGCUCAGGACCUCGACGUGUCCGUGUUGGAGGGGGACAUCGUUGGGGUCAUUAAGCAACAGGAUCCCAUGGGCAGUCAGAACCGCUGGCUCAUAGACAAUGGAGUGACGAAGGGAUUUGUCUACAGCUCAUUUCUUAAGCCUUACAAUCCCAGAAGAAGCCAGUCAGAUGUUUCGAUAGGAAGCCACUCCUCCAAUGAAUCUGGAUACGGGGGCUCCUCUCCAGUUUUCUCACGGCAGAAUAGCAACAGCACGUUAACUUUCAACUCCGACACUACAUCUGUAACAUUGUCCACCCUGCAAUCCCAGAAAUCCUGCCAGGACUCCGGCACUUCACCCCAGUCAAAUCCACCCGAGGGCUGUUCUUCCAAGCACUCCAAUUCUAGAGAGACCACACUGCCGCUGUGGACCCAGUCUAAUCACAAGGACCUGUCGGACUCUGCUUCCGAAACAGACUCCUGCUCCUCGCUGAAGAGUGUCCGGACUGACUUUGCACAGAGGAGUAGUCAGGUGGAGAUGUUCAGUCAAUCGGACGUGGCCUUCGGCUCUGUGAUGAGGAGGAACGGAGACUCUGCACUGAGAACGGUGUACUUUCCUUCAGACACGACUCCGGAAAACGAGAGUGAUCCAGAGGGAAAUCAGAUUUACUACGCCAUCUACUCCUUCGAUGCACGCUGUGUGAACGAGCUGACUAUUUGUGCCCACCAGCGGGUGAAGAUCAUUGAAUUUCACGACAUGAACGGGAAUAAGGAGUGGUGGCUGGGAGAGGUGGAGGGGAGGAGAGGAUAUGUACCUUCCAACUACAUCAGGAAGACAGAGUACACUUGAAGCAACUCUGGAAGCAGGAGGCAAAUAAAUAGAACUGGUGCCUUAUUUAUUAAGAGGAUCCCUUUUUCAGAAGUUGGAAGUGCUUCUUUGGAAUUUUGAUGCUGUUAAUAUUGUAUUGUACAAAACACAUGCAUGUGUAGUUUUUUUCAAUCAUCUUGCUUGUUUAAGCUACCCAGCUUCCUUAUUCACGUAGGGAUAUUUUAAAACACUGCUUCACCAGCGUAGAAACAGGAUGAAAAGGAAUCAAUCACCGUUGCAGAUUGCCAGUGUUUUUUUGGAUGUAAAGAGCAAAAAUGUGAGUGGUUGAGAUCAUUUGUAAAAUGAAUUUUUUUUGAAGUAUAUUUUUUUUUUAAAAGGACCGUUGCACUUUGCCGGUCAUUCAAAACAUGUGUAUAAUUCUCUUACAAACAUUCAGCAUCCAAGCUAUCAGAAACCUGCUUUAAAAAAAAAAAAAAAAAAAAGCCUUUAUAUUUGCAAAACAAAGCCAUGAAUAAUGAAGGCAGGUAUUAACUAUGCAUAAUGUAUAAAAGACUGUGAAACACUGGAUAAGCCUAGCUGGAAAUGAGAAAUGGAACAUGCUAAAACACUGUAUAACAGUAUCAAACCGUUUUAAUAGUGACAGUAUUAUUACAUACAGUAUGCUGAAAAGCAGUUGAUCGAUCAAACAGUAGCGCUAAUGUCUGUAGGUGUUCAACCCAAGUAAGUCCAGAGCAUAUUACAGCUGUUUCAAGCCACUUGAUCCAAAUAUUCCAAAUAUUGUAAACCCUUGUUUUGUACAAAGCAGGGAGAGCCAUGCUCCAGAACACGUUCUUCAGUGUGGAAGCCUAGAGUGGACACUUGCUUUAUACAACAGGGCUGUUGAAUACCAAAAAUAUCAAUAAUGUCAUGCUGAAUAAAUAGGCCUGGUACAAGCGAGUAGGGUAGCAGCUUUACUGGCAUAAGACUGUAAGAUUCCUGACUUCAGUUGACGGUGUAGAGAAGUUUGCAUGAAGUCACAUGUACACUGAACAUAUACACACUAUUGGGUGCCUCUGUGUAAAGCAGGGGGGUGUCCAGUCACGAUCCUGGGGGGCCAUUCCACUCCAAGUUUAACAGGUAAAAUGAUACAACUACUUCAGGGUCUGGAUGGAGGUUUAAUUGGCUCAGUGGGUUGGUACAAAGAGCAUGAGUGGAAGGGCCAGCUUUGGACAUCCCUGGUGUAAAUUUAAUCUGCUUCAAAUUAAAUAAUUGCACUUUUCUAACUUGCAUCCAAGAAAGUUAAAAACAUGGGGAUAUCUCUGCAAAAUCUAGUACUUUUCUAGAAUGGUUUGAUUCUGAUUAGAAUGUGUCUGAGAUUCUACAGUAACAUGUAAGGAACUAACCCUCAUUUUAGUGCAGGGGUGUCUAACUCCGUUCCUGGGGGGCCGCAGUGUCUUCUGGCUUUCGUUGCACCCAAGUUCUCAAUUACUCAAUUAUUCUAAUUAUUUGAUUAAAUGGACAACUUUAACACGUCUCUCCAGGCCUCAGAAUCGUGUAUAGGUUGUGUACCUUGAAUUAAGUGCAUUUUUAAAUCCUUAACUGCAAAAGACCUUGAAAAAAUAUUAAAUCUCUCCAAUUGAACAAAUAAUUAGAUCAGUUAAGUUAAUUGAGAGAUUAAGUUGGAAUGGAAACCAGAAGACCAUGUGCCCCCCCCCCCCUCGAGGACUGGAGUUUGACCCCCCCCACCCCUCCCCCGUUUUAGGGUAUCCAUUGUGGUGUUUGUUUUGGAAUGUACAGCAUUUACAUUUUACAGUAAAGUCAAGGACAUGAUCUGCUUCUGGUUGCCACAUUGCCUUCAUAAGUAUUGUAAAAAGCUCUUACUGAAUGUACUCUUUGUUCUGUGCAAUCAUAAUUCUUGUCAUGUAUCGUUUAAGUCAAAGAGCUAUGGUCCACAUUGCCUGUCAAGUACGGUGCGAGAGACGAGGUGGUCUGGUUCAGAUAGUUCGGUCUUUAUUCAUUUUUAUUUUUAAAUGGGAGUAUGUCACAGGAAUGCGACACUUGAUAAAUACUUUUUUUUUUUUUUUAUCACAUUAUUCCUUUGGUUCAUUCUUGGGGAAACCUGUACCUUACUGCAUAAUUACAGCCUUCAAAACAAUCUGUUAAAGUCUUCUAUUAUCCAAAUCUUUUUAUCUGCAUGGAAACCAGAUGCAUUUUUUUUUUUUUUUUUUGCACACUACUGAAAAAAAAAAUUAUUACAAUAAAUGUUUUUAUAUACGUACUGUAAAUGUGUAAAUAUAUUUUGUUUUUAAAUAAAAUGCAACUGAAUGCU